AGAGUAGACAGUAGCGUUUCCGCGCUCCUCACAUGAACGCGCAAACUCUCUCCCGUGUAUCGAUGAAGCUGGUUGAACAUGGCGGACUUCCUGCCGACCCGAUCCGUACUAAAUCACUACUUUCCCGCUUGCCUGCUUACCAGCACCGAGGUGGAACAGCUGAGGAAAUCUAAGGCGAUUGACAAAAGUAUUUCCCGGGACAAAACCUACGUGAAACGACUAGUGAAGAUACUUUUACUGGGCGCGGGCGAGAGCGGCAAGUCCACUUUCCUCAAACAGAUGAGGAUUAUCCACGGGCAGGACUUCGACCAGCAAGAUCGAGAAGAGUUCCGGGCAAUAAUUUACAGCAAUGUUAUCAAAGGUGUGCGUGUGUUGGUGGAUGCACGGGAGAAGCUUCAGAUCCCCUGGGGUUCCUCUGACAACCAGGUGCACGGAGACAAUGUGAUGUCAUUUGACACACGAUCUUCGAUGAUGGUGCACGGCCAGGUGGAGACGAGCGUGUUCCUCAAGUACCUGCCCUCCAUCCAGGCCCUGUGGGCUGACGUUGCCAUACAACACGCCUACGACAGACGCAGGGAGUUCCAGCUGGGUGAGUCGGUUAAGUAUUUCUUGGACAAUGUGGAGAAGCUCGGGGAGCCGGUAAGUUUCUCUCCCUGCCGUCUUUCCCUCCAUAAAUCACUCUGCCUCCUUAACAUCCCCAUCCUCUUCUCCUGUCUUCUACUCAUCCCUCUCUCUCUCCUCCAGAGCUACAUCCCUUCCCAGCAUGACGUCCUGCUAGCCCGUAAGCCCACUAAGGGCAUUCAUGAGUAUGACUUUGAGAUCAAGAGUAUUCCCUUCAAGAUGGUGGACGUGGGAGGACAGCGCUCGGAAAGACGUCGGUGGUUUGAGUGUUUUGACUCUGUCACCUCCAUACUGUUCCUAGUGUCUUCUUCGGAGUAUGACCAGGUCUUGAUGGAGGACAGGCAGACCAACCGGCUGAGAGAGUCGUUGAACAUCUUUGAGACGAUUGUCAACAACCGAGUCUUCCUCUCAGUCUCCAUCAUCCUCUUCCUCAACAAGACUGACCUGCUGGAGGAGAAGGUCUUGAAUGUUUCGCUAAGUAAAUACUUCCCAGAGUACACGGGGCCGGACCACAGCCUGCCGGACGUCCAGAAGUUCCUAGUGGACUGUUUCCGGGAGAAGAGAAGAGACUUGACACAGAAGCCCCUCUACCACCACUUCACCACGGCCAUCAACACAGAGAACAUCCGCCUGGUGUUCCGAGAUGUCAAGGAUACUAUCCUUCAUGACAACCUCAAACAGCUGAUGCUCCAGUGAACUAUGACCUCCAGAGAGAACCUGAGCAAAACCAGCCUCCGAGAGGACCCCAGAAAGGACUUAUUCUCCUGCCUAAAAGAGGACCUGAUUGAGGACCUCUCACCUUUUAAAAGAGGACCUGCAAUAAACCAGACUUUAAGAGGACUUGGUUGAGGACACCCAUGCCUUGGGGAGGACCUUGACGUUCCACUUCUGUUUAGAUGUUUUUAUUUGGUUUUUACUGCCCUGUGGUGAGUGGAUGGUCUAUAGACUGCUCUGAAGUCAGUUUGGCUAGGGACAUGAUUGAAUGCUGGAUACUAAGCUCUGUCCCUGGGUCAGUUUGAUGUCUACCCUGAUGCCUACCGUGCUGUCAUAGCCCCUCUCCUGUCCACUGAUCUGUGUGACUAACUGAUGGAGAAACCAUAACACCUUCAUACAACAUCUUAAUAACCCUUAAUCACUGUGUGUGUGCGUGCAUGUGUUAAUCUUUACUGAGCUAUUUGUGUAUACCUGUCUAGCCUUAGGUAUUUGCGUAAUUGCGUAAACUAUCAUUUAAUCAAUCAUGUCCUUGAUCACCUACAUUCCAAUGUGUGUGUAUACAGUUAAAUGUCUGCCUUCCUAUUCCCUGAUGGUUAACUUGUAAUUCUGCUGUAAGGACACACACACUUGCAGCAGGCAGGCGUAACGGGUAGCUAAUAUUGUUAUCUCAGGGUUGUAUGGAGAUCAUUGUAUAAAUGUCAUUAUUGUGUCUGUAGUCUAUUGUCGAGACCCCUCAAAUUCAAAUCUGGCCCUUCAUUGCUUUUUUCAAUUUUCCCCCUUCUAAUCAGGGACUGGUUUAGACCUGGGACAUCAGGUGGGUGCAAUUAAUUAUCAGGUUGAACAGAACCAGAAGUACUCCAUACCUCGUAGGGUAAUAUUUGAAUAACCCAUGUCUAUAUUGGAUACUCCAGGUUAAAGCUUUAGAUUCUUAGUUAAAUGUCUUCUGUGCGAACCUGUUCUUGGACGUAAUUCUUUAGGCACGAAUUGGAAGAAACGGGCUGCAACGGGGAGGUACUAUCUGAACUUGUCCAAUAAGAAACGGCUGUUUUCUUUUUUUCAUGGCACAAUGUUUUGAAAUGUUUUGCCACAGUGUGCCCUAAUGAAUACAACCCAGAAGAGGAGAGGGCUGUGUCUCAGACCCUGGGCUGCAUUCAUUUGGGGAGCAAAUGUUAUAUAACCUUCAGGUAGAGCCAUACAUGCGUGUUAAUUCCUAUAUGAACGUUCUAUAACGCCUCCCUCCCCUCCCAUUGGUGCCCUUGUAAACGGAUGUGUGUUGCGUUAGACAGCCUCUCUGGCCAUCUGUUUGAUGUUUAUAGUUGUACAGACUGACUCCAAUUUAUAUUCUAGUUGAAAUGUUUUUGAUUCAUUCCUGUCUAUACUGUAACCUGUGUUGUUGAUGACCAUAGUGUGUGUGUGUGUAUACUGUCCUAAUGUGUAUAGGUAUGCUGACACUGUAAAAUCUGCCACCUUUAUAGUGCUGAAUGACAGCUUGAGGCUAACUCCAGAUCAGCAUUGUAACGUUUCUCUCCUGCUAAAUCACACUGUGCCUUCACCGUAUGUGUACAAGGAUCAACUGUCAAAGUUUUCCUCUAGCUACGGAGAUGACGUGUCUGUCUUUCCACUGUCCCUCUCUGGCUCUGGCCUUGUACAUACUGACAUCUGAUGCCUUAGUUGUAAUAUAAAACACUUGGUUUACUUUCAUGUGUAAAUGGUUGUUUAAAAAAUGGGCAGAUGAUUAUUCGCUGCUUGCUGUUUCACACUUUGCCUUGUCAUUGAACAGACUAUGGACAUGUUUCCUUUUUCUAACAAUCAGCGUUCUUCCUUGUUUAAUGCCACUUAAACCGUUAAAAUAAAACCAUAUUUCUUUAA